UCCCAUCUCCAUAAAACUGUACACAGUCUCAACAGUAAACAUCCUAAUAAUCACAACCUUAUCCAUUAGGUACUUAUAUAGGAAUAUCUAGGGAGAUUGAAAGAAGAGACACAAUUUGAGGUGCAUUGACUAUAAGCAUAGGUAGACAUCUCAACUUUAACAAUGAAUGUGGAAAUGCGACCACGUUGGAAACUGAGAAGGCCAAGUAAGGUACCAGAGUACCUCCAGGACCCCACUACAUCUUAGGUCCAAGGCGCCUUUCCCUUCCAGGACAAAUAUAAACAACACCUGGGCUCAAAAGCCAUGAGGCCUUGUCAGCGAUUCACAAAUCCACACGCUGAACAUCUACGUUAGGUAUUUGAUUGCUUCAGAAUCGGUGGUAUUCUGGUCAAACCGCUGUCUCACCAAGUAUCACAAAUUUGUUCGCGAAUCAACCUAUUAUUCCAAGAAAUUCACAGGCCAAAGCCAUGGCAACGCGCACCCCAGAGCAAAUCUUGGCAGAGCUUAAAGCCCUUGUCGCGAACCAAGAAAUCACCAUCUUGAAGCUGAGUGAGCCUAUCUCUGCUGAAAUCGCCCAAUUGCAGGAGCAGACCCAGCGAACAUCAGAUGUCUCAAAUUCCUCACUUGACGCGACUACGCCCGCGUCAUUGGAAGCAGAUCUCACACAUUACCGAGAACUCUUCGCCAAGUUACGCUUCAGCUAUGUAGAGCAGGUCACCAAGGAGAAAUUCAUACGCGCUAUAGUGGGAGAUCCGCCCUUGAUCGUCAACCCUCAAGAGAAUGUCGAUCUUGAGAACGAGAAUCUAGAGGCGAAGGCGCAGCUCAAGGCUCUCAAGACCGAGGUUGCGGAAAUGGUUACAGAGCUCGAGAGGAAGGCCAAGGAUCUGAGCAAGAAGUAUGAGAGAGUCAAGACGGAGACUGCCAAAUUAGAAGAACUACCUGGAAAACUCGCUGAACUCGAAAGUGCUGUUGCCCAGUUGAGAGAAGCCCAGGCAUCAGCACUGGAUCCAAAUCCCCAGCUCAAUCUACCACUCGCGAAAACACAACAGCUGGUAGAUGCCAAAAAGCGGCAGAGGGAUGAGCUGGAUCGCCAGUUAGAACAGUUGCAGAGCCAAGUCCCGCGGAAGAAGAAGGAGCUUGAACGGCUUAAUGCCGAGUUGCAGCCCUUGGAAACGAAACGUCAGAAUAGCAUGGCUGCGGCCAAGGAAGCGAGGAGACGGAAGGAGGCUGCGCUAGGUGGUGUUGAGGAUGAUCUGGAGGAGAGGGGCCGGUGGUAUCGGGCUGCUGAGGCGGGUUUGAAGCAGAUGCUGGAGAUUAAAUAAGGCUUGUUCGGAGGAUAGACACUGGAACAGCCAUGCUCUAAUCGGCAACUACAAUUUAUAUGCUACCUAUCGUAUCUGCUAGGAUGGUAUAUGUGGAUUGUGCGAUCAAUACCCAAUAUGCUACAUCACGACUGUUGGACCUCAACCACUAGGUGACGCAUGCUCUAGACGUUUCAAGACGCCCAUAUCACUAAUGAAAACGAGACAAUUCGGCUACUGCUCUUUUUAAUAGUGCCAGUAACAAGCAAUCACAGUCCAGCAGCCCGCGCCUCGGCUUUGAUCAAAUCCGCUGCCUAUCAGCACACCUCGUCAGUACGAAAAACAGACACAAGUUUCAGGAUCACUCGAACUCACCUUCUCAGCAACAGCAUACGUAGUCUGACACGUAUUAGCACCCACCAAAACCGGCUCGACGCUCGCAUCAACAACACGCAGCCCCUCCACCCCAUAGACCUUGAGCUCCUCGUCCACAACACCGCCCAGCUCCCGCGGCA